GCAGUGACGAUCCUUCCCACCUCGACGUCGACUUCUCACCAUGUUCCGUCUUACUCGCCCUCUGCUCAACCAGCUCCGGAAAACCACCACUGGGAUAACGGGCCUGGAGGUCCACCAUGACCCGAUACCACAUCUCAUCCAGACGUACCAGACCACCUUGGAAAGGCUCUCCGCUAUCCCUGAGACGUCCGUCUACCGGCAAGGCGUGGAGGCUCUCACAAGGCACAAGCUGAACAUUGUGCAGGCGUCGGGAGGAAAUGUUGCUGAGGUUGAGAAGCAGCUGGACGAGGGUCACAUAGAGGAGUCGCUAGACGUCGCGACGGAUGAAAUGAAUCUGGUGUCCAAGGUGGUCGAGUGGAAAGCGUGGGAGCCUCUCGUCGAGAAGCCUGAACCCGGGCAGUGGGAGUACUUCGGCAAGACAGCAACUGCAUCGUCGUCAUGAAUGUGCUGUGUACGUGUUCCGCGGGUCCUAUGAAGUUCUUCUCAGCUGAGCCGGGCAUUGUGCCUGCGGAUUUAUCCUGAUGUAGAGAGGACCGCGAAUCGCUUACCAUAGUGCAUCCUAGAGCUUUGACCAUGCAUACCUCGAAUUGCAACACUCCACGAGCGAUUGAACAAUCGGCAUCUCGUGCGCAAUCAAUACUCAUCCCUUCAACCAUCACUGCAGUGUAUCUAAAAUACUGUUCUGAGAGCUUGCGCUUGUAAGCAGUGACCAGUGACUGCUCGUAUGUACUGUUGCCCCGCGCGCGACGACAGAUAUUCAUGCUGCAGACAAUAAGGCAACGUACACUGAUAUGUCACAAAUGGGUAGAACAUGCUUGAUUCCCCUACACAACAAUGACAACGGUACUUACCUAGGAUAAAAUGGCAUCAUACUUAUAGAUUGGAAUGUAGCUUGAUGAGCAGGCGUCCAAUGCUAUGUCAUACUUACAGAAGUUGCAAAA